AUGGGUAAUUGCUUGGAGACAAGUAGAAGAAGCCAACACAAACAAGAGGAACAGCAAGAGAGACAUGAAGCAGAAAGAAAUGGAAGAGAUGGAUUCAUUAAAGAAGGUGAAGGUGGUGGUCUCAGGGUGAAGAUAGUAUUGACAAAGGAGGAGCUGGAGUGGUUGAUGUUGCAGUUGAAGGAGAAGAGAGGGAAGAGAUUAGAAGAUUUAUUAGAAGAGUUGGAGAAGUGGAGAGGAAGAACUGAUUCAUGGAAACCCUCUUUGGAGAGUAUCAGGGAGAAUCCUGAAGUACAAGAGUCCUGA